ACAGCCGCGCGAACUAAAAUAGAAAGUGAAAGUGAAAGUCCAGUUGGUAAACAUAUUCGCGGAGGUCGUGUUCAUGUGAGGAUAACACAAUAACUGAUCAAUUCAACGGGAGAACUUCGGACAGGAUGGACAGGCGGACAGAAGAUUCCGUUCAUUGCAGUAAAACGAACAAGAGAAGACAUAUCCAGAGAAUAAGGAGUCCCUCGCGGUACACUCGCCUCUAUCGGCCAAGAUUUGAACAUUUUCGUUCUCGCUUCAGGUUUUUCAGGACUACGGAGGAGCGUAUUUUACAUCGUCCAAAUUUUGCACUGAGGUACCAGAGGUAUCACAGAGGUCCGUGGCCCAGCCUGCAGCUGAGCCGAAAGCCCAGAGCCUCUUCUCCUUCCAGACAGAAGUUCAAUAAAGGCCUGGAGAAGAGUUCGUUCACAACACUUAGAAAACACAUCCAACCCAGCACCACAGACAUUCCUCGGCCAUCCUCUGGAGAUAGACCAUCAUUGUCAUUCACAGAAAGAAACCAGAGAGUGUCACAGAAGGCCAGCAAGAGAGAUGCUGCAGCUCGAAACAGAGCCAUACAGAAGAAACAAGAGCAGAUCGAGGAGGUGUACCGGCAGGACUGUGAUACAUUUGGCAUGGUUGUGAAGAUGUUGGUGGCCAAGGAUCCAUCAUUGGAGAAGUCAAUUCAGCCAUCUCUGCGUGAAAACUUGAGGGACAUUGGCACGCGUUGCAUCAAGGCCAUGGAGCAGUUCAUCCAUGAGUACGAUUCUCCAGAGCUAGACACUCCAACAUCCACCUCUCAAAUGCAUUCCAUCAAGUGAAGACUGCAAACACAAGACUGAAUGCAGCUACUUAGUUACUAACUUCUUACUCACCCUAACCAUUCAACUUUAUAAGCUAAACCCAAUGUGAACCAAGAGUUAUGUUUUCUGCCUGUAUAUUGUUUGCAAACUGUAACUAUAAGAUCUGUACCAUGUCGAGAAACAAGUUUAAAAUAUUGGUGGAAGUCAGAGUAAAGAAUAAUGAAUUUAGUUGUACAUAAAUCAUCAUGUGAAUUGUUAGUUUGGUAUUAAGCUAGCUGUUGUGUCUUGAUUUUUUUUUUUUUUUACUUGAUAAAAAUAAAAUUUAUGUCUACAUAUAAAAA